AUGGCUACUUCUGAUAGAAGAAUCAAACGAGUUACUGACCCGCUCGACGACCGAGUCAAGGCUCGACUCGUCAGCUUCAGUUUCGAAAGCAGCGGAAGCGAACACUCCUCCGCCGCUGUCGACGUUGAAGACGAUUCGCCUUGCCUCUCGGAGCUCGUUCACGGUUUUCUGGAAGACGACCACGAUGCUGUAGAACAAGCGGGUUACAACUCAGACUCCGACCGAGUCGACUCAAGCUUCGACAUUAAGGAUUCGUUCCGGAUCAUCAUCAAGUCAACCUCUCUUAGCAACACGGAUCCUUUCAGGAAUCUGCUUAUGGCUCACGUUUUGAGAGCAAUGGAAAUGCUUUCCUUUUUCAAAACGGAUAAAGCUAUUUUCCGGCGUAAUGUAAUGGCUUAUCUCCGCCAGGUGGGCCACAAUGCGGCGAUAUGCAAGACCAAAUGGAGCUCCUCGGGAGGCCUAACCGCCGGAAACUACGAGUUCCUCGACGUGGUGCAAUCGGCAUCACCCACGUGUCAAACGCGGUACUUCGUCGACCUCGAUUUCGCCUCCGAGUUCGAGAUCGCGAGGCCGACGAUCGAGUACUCGAGGUUAUUACAACAUUUACCUAGGGUUUUCGUGGGAAAAGACGAGGAAUUGAAAAGGAUCGUCAAGGUAAUGAGUGACUCGGUAAAAAAAUCUUUAAAGAGCAAAGAAUUAACUCUCCCUCCUUGGAGAAAAAACCGUUACAUGAGGAACAAAUGGUUCGGUCCGUACAAUCGGGCGACGAACCAAAAUCCGACGGCGAAGUCCAGCACAUUGACGAUCCAUCCCGCCAACGUCGUCCAAUGCCGUUACGUGGGGUUCGAGGACGCCGUCAACGGCGGUUUGUUUGUCCGGACGAGAUAA